CCGUCGUAAAUAGUCCGUGGCCAACUAAGUACUUCCGGUCUACUGCACUUUCUUUGAGACUAUCGGUAGGCGACAGCAAGAAAAAUACAAAUGCUGGCAACCAGAGCCCUGAGUCUUGUUGGCAAACGCGCCAUUUCCACAUCUGUCUGCUUACGUGGCGGUCAUGGUGUCGCCAAGGUGGAGAGCUACACGCUCCCUGCGUACUUUGACAAGAGGGAGGACCCCCUUCCGGAUAUCCGUUAUGUGCAGAGCCUGAGUCCAGAGCAGAAGUCACUAAAAGAGAAGGAGAAAGGCUCAUGGCUCGCACUCUCUAAUGAGGAGAAGAUUGCAUUGUACCGCAUCAGCUUCAAGCAGAGCUUUGCUGAGAUGAACCAGGGAACCUCUGAGUGGAAGUCUGUGCUGGGUGGUGUGUUUUUCUUCCUUGGCUUCACUGGUCUGGUAGUGCUCUGGCAGAGGAAGUAUGUGUAUGGACCAGUCCCUCACACAUUUGAGCCUGAGUACAAGCAGAAAGAGUUGCAGAGGAUGCUGGACAUGAGAAUGAACCCAGUGGAAGGGUUGUCAUCAAAGUGGGACUACGAAAAGAAGCAAUGGAAGAAGUAAAGUCCCAAGCGGACCAUGUCAAUAUUUGAAAAUUAAAGCAGACCAACUGAAAGAUCCUAUCUUGCCUGCAAUAGCAUAUUUCUCAGCCACCCUUGUUACCUCGGUGUGAUCAGUGUGGAAGGCCUCUUCCUCUUAUGUUUAUUGUAAAUUACAUAAAUAAUAAAAAGUUCUGAAUCCA